AUGGGCAAGACCGGUAUUCGUACGGCCAACAAGGUCAGCUUUGAUAAGCCUGCUUCUGAGCAGCCUGGUCUGCAUAACAGAUGGCACCCGGACAUCCCCUUCUCCGGCACCAUCAAGAAUGGCGAGACAGUUAAAAUCGAAUGCGUAGACUGGACUGGCGGCCAGAUUGGCAACAAUGAUUCGGCGGAUGACAUGCUCAACGUCGAUCUGACCAAGAUCCACUAUCUCAGCGGUCCCUUCGAGGUCGAAGAUGCCCAACCCGGCGAUCUGCUCUUGGUAGAAAUCAUGGACGUUCAGCCGUUUGAGGACCAACCAUGGGGCUUCACCGGCGUCUUUGAUAAGAACAACGGCGGUGGAUUCUUGGAUGAGUUUUAUCCUACCGCCGCAAAGGCCAUAUGGGAUUUUGAAGGAAUCUACUGCUCCUCACGACACAUCCCGGGCGUCAAGUUCGCAGGCCUCAUCCACCCGGGUAUCCUCGGCUGCGCACCCUCGGCCGAAGUCCUCGACACGUGGAAUGCGCGCGAGGGCGAGCUCAUCGCCGCCAACAAGCUCGACCGCGAUGUCGCGAAGCCGCCUGAGCCGAUCAACGUCCACGCCGGCGCCGCGGACGCGGAUCUCAAAGAAAAGGUCGGCAAGGAGGGCGCCAGGACGAUUCCCGGGCGGCCUGAGCACGGCGGCAAUUGCGAUAUCAAGAACUUGAGCAGAGGCAGCAAGGUUUACCUCCCCGUUCAUGUCCCCGGCGCCAAGUUCAGUGUUGGUGAUCUGCACUUCUCCCAGGGCGACGGAGAAAUCUCCUUCUGCGGCGCCAUCGAGAUGGCGGGCGUCAUCACCAUCAACUUCAAGGUCAUCAAGAACGGCGUCGCCGACCUGGACCUCAAGUCGCCCAUCUACAUUCCCGGUCCUGUCGAGCCGCAGUUCGGUCCUGGCCGCCACAUUUACUUUGAAGGGUUCUCGGUCGACCAGCACGGCAAGCAGCAUUACAUGGACGUCACCGUCGCGUACAGACAGACCUGUCUUCGCGUCAUCGAAUACCUCCGCCGCUUCGGCUACAGUGACUACCAAGUCUACCUCCUCAUGUCCUGCGCGCCCAUCCAGGGCCACGUCGCCGGCAUCGUUGACAUCCCCAACGCGUGUACAACCAUCGGUCUGCCCAUGGAUAUUUUCGACUUUGACAUUUCGCCCGGUGCCGGUAAAGUCGAGAAGCGAGACCUAGGCAGCUGCGCCUUCGUGACGGGUGUCACCGAGGGCACGGUUACAAAGGGCGGGGCGAACAGCGAGCAUAGCUACGGCGGAGGGCUGACGUACAAAUAA